AGCUGCUCCAGCCUCCGCUUGCUGCAGCCAACGCACAACAGGCAGCAACAGCGCACAGAGCAUCAGGAUCCAGCCAGCAUGGAGAAAACUUUCGCCCAGUACAGCUCCGGGUGGCUCUUUCUGACAGCUGCGGCGCUCUGCUUAUGGGGUGCCAAAGGCAAGGUAUAUUAUUCCUGUGGUGCAGAUUUGGAAUCCAUGGAAAGAGGUCUUAUUUUAUCACCAGGCUUUCCAAAUAACUACUAUCCAGGGACACACUGUGUUUGGCAGUUUUUCAUUCCUGUUAGAACCCAUCUUAUCCUGGAAAUUCUUGACUUUGAUGUAUUUGAAAGCUCAAAUGAAACUCCAGACCCUUGGGAUGGCUUUUUUUCUUCUUCUAAAAGAAAAAAUAAGGAGAUGUUUCCUAUUGAAGAAAACUCUGACCUUCCCAUCACUCUUGCUACUACAAAAUCCUCUGUUCUGGCUGGGAUGUCAAAGGCGACCCAGAAACAUAGCAGCCCAGGAGCUCAGUCAAAGGGUCUUGCUGGCCGCUACGAUGGAUUCCCAGUAACUACCUCCAAAAAAGAAGAAUACAAACAAACAUCUGAAGAAAAACAGUUCAGACAGAUGGAAGAACCCAAAGAAAUAGUUAAGGCUCAGCCAGAUGGACUGCCAUUCACUGUGGCUGGCAAUACCACUACACAGCAGCAAAAUAUCAGUGGCCUAGAGAUGAACAGAGAUUUGAAAGGGAAAGUCCUGCUUGCUCACCUCACUGCUAGAAGGCGAGAUGAGGACAUGGGAGAGAGUCAGACUCUCUCCACAACAGCCUUACCAAGAGAAAGCUCCACCACCCAGCAGUCUUCAGCGGAUGUGUGUCCCCAUGAUGUCUUGUAUGUUUCUGACCUCAUCACAUUUUCCUCUCGCUUCUGUGGGACAAACUUGCCUUUAAACAAGACCAUGGUCUUCAGUUCAUCUCUGGAGAUGGUGGAGGUUAUUAUGGAGCUGAUCACAACCACGGAUCGUGGGAGGGGCUUUGCGAUGCUCUUUGAAUACAAGAACAUCACAGAACCUAAUGUCAUGGAUGUGGUGAGGCAGGAUGGAAAGGAAAACACAAUGAUGCUGGCAAUAAUAACUGGAAUUGUCUUCUUUGCACUUGUUCUUCUGUCUACCCUCUGCAUAACUUGCAGGCAGAAAAUGUGCCCCAAAAGGAACCCUUCCAAUGCACACAGUGACCAGGAGAAUGGGAUCCAGAACUCCGCCAUAGAUAUCAAUGAGCUCCAACUUGUGGUGCCAACUCGAGAGAAUGAAAACAACAAUCAUACUGUCAGCCAGGACCAAGCUGUCACUUCCUCUGGAGGCAGCACAGAACACUCUUCUCGGCAUACUGACCCAGAUAUGCCCUCUUCUAUGUCUGCCGUGACCACUGAAACAGGGAGCGAUGAAGUAUUUAUUAUUUCAGCCGGCCCUGGUGCCAGCGGGUUGAGUUUUACCACAUACAGAAUACAGGACAAAAACCUAAAGAGAAGUGUCACAAGUCCAGCUUCUGUGUCAGACUGGCUGACUUCUGAUCAUAUGGCUCCAGGAGCAGGUACUGUGGAUAAAGGGAACACACAGGCAGAGAACCAUCAUCCAAGGCAACGGACAUGGAGUGCCCGCACAUUUCAUGACUUACUGACUCCGUUACCUCAGUUACAGAAAAAAUGGUAUAGCUGGACCACUAACAGCCCCUUCACUAAACUGGUAGACAGCAGCGGUCUUUCUACAUCCACAAGAAACCAGAGUGUAACAACCAGAAAAGUAAUUUCAGCCACUGAGAUAGAGGGAAUCUCAGAUAUUGUUUAUUCUGACUCGUCCACCUGCACCGCAUCAUACCCACUAACCCAAUCUGCGCAAAGGCAGGGGAAACUGAGCUCCUCCAGCUUGAAGAAAUCCAGGUUUGGGAACCCUUACUUUGGGUUUUUAACCAGCUCCCCUGAUUGCAAAGAGGUGAGGCCCUUGGAUCCCUCGAGACACAUGGGGGUGACACCUCCACUUGAUAACCAAAGCCAUGGCCCCCCUGGCCUCAAAAGCAACUUAAUCAACUGUUCAAAAACCAAGGAGCUCUCAAUAGAAAUGGACAAAUCCAAACCAGCUUUUGUUAUUUCUGAAGAAGGGGAUGACCAGCAGCCUCUGGUCCUCGCAGAGCACUUUAGUCAGUGUAGAGAUACUCUGUCUGAGCAAAAUGUUGUAUAUGCUUCAGUGAAGGCUAUGCCUGAUAAACCACCAGUGGUCUUGACUGUUCAGGGAGACAGCUCAGCCAGGCCUCCCAAUUUCACAUUGGAUCUCCCCAUUUGGGAAAAGUCUCCCAAUUUAUAUAGCAAUCACAUGAAGACCGAUAACUCUUCCAGGGGCCAGUGCAGCUUGCCUAGUGCAGAUACCAAUACAAUCGAGUCACCAUGGAAUUUUGAUUCCUUAACUGCUCAUACACUCUGUCAAACAUCGGUUCAAUGAGGCUUCCAGAGCGACUAAAGGAAUCUGUCUGUGAACAGAUGCAAUAAGGACCAUAGCUGUUCACUUUUCUGCUGGAGAAGAAGCUGCUGUGCCUAUGGAGGGUAGCAAGUGUGGACAGAGGCAACUUUUUUUUCUUCCCAUCAGCAGAUUGGAGUUAUGGGAAAAGGUAACCUAGCAAAGCACAAAACAAAGUCAUCUUUUCUCAUGAUCAGUUGGGCCUAAUAAGUGCACGACAUGGUCUUGUUCUCAGUUCCAUUCUCCCACAUGGAAUUUUAAUUGUGGCUUAUGGAAGAGAGUGAUAAAGUGACUCCUCUAAAAAGGUGUCUAAUACUGAGUAACUGUGUUCUGGUACGCUACAGGAAAACAAAUGAUCUGAGUGAUUACUUUAUGGCACAUGGUGUGGAAUGGAGACCAGUCCUCAGGGUCACUGUGGUGUCACCUUGUUCUUUGCUACAUGUCAUGAACCAAAUUCUGCUCUCAGGUACACUUGCAUAAUCCCUACUGAUGUCAACUGAAGUUGCC